AGUCAGUAGCGCGUCUGCCACCGUCGGAGAGGGACGUCCGUUCGCCUCUCUCGCCCGGGCACCGAAGCCACGCCGUUUCCCUCGCGUCGUGUUCGCCUUUUUCUCGCGUUUUCGCUCGUGUUCUGCUUCCUUAUUACGCAUUAUGUGUAUGUAGGACAGCGUGUAAAUAUGCGGUGUGGAACAUUGGUAGUGUGUAUAUGAGUGUGCUUAAGUGAGGCGGUUGCUUAGAUUCGCAACCCCGAGACUGCUGUGCUUGUCUGUGCGUUUGUGAAAAAGCAGUGCGCGGGCGCGCGGGCGAGCGGAGGAGGUGCUCGCAGGUAGUCACGCUCUCCUCCUCUCUCGCCGCUUCAAGGUUUUAGUAGGGGGCGCGGCGCCCGAGCGCGCGCACGGAAUUGGACCUCUGUGUCGCGGGGAGUGUGAGUGUCACCGCCGUCACCGCCACUUCGCCCAGCGUCCUGCCGCCCACGCCCACGCCCUCCGUCUACACCAUCUCCACGGCGAGCCCGCUUCAGGGAACGACGCCCGCGCCCGCACAGCUCCCCCAGGCUGACGUGUCCUCCCCUGCCUCGAGGGGCGUGUUCAUCUUCCCGCCCGUAGAGGGCCCUUCGGCGGCGCCCCCCGCAGGCCCUGCCCGCCCGCGGCCUCAACCCCCUCCUCUAUACUCCUCCCCCUCCCCUCCCCCCUCCCCCCCCCUGCUCGCCCUCGACGCCCCUCUUCACGCCCCUCCCCCCCGCCCUCCCUGCCGCCAUGCCGGCCCCCAGCGACCAGCUCCCCGACUGCCCCCUCGAAGCCCGCACCACCAGCGCGGGCGGCGCGGCGAGGGGCGGGCGGCGCCGCGAUCACGACGACCUGGACCGCCUGGGCGACUCGACGACCACGACGAGCAGCGAGGCCCACAGGAACGCUAUCAACGCGGCCUGUAACAACAACAACAACGACAACAACAACAGACUGGAGCCGGGGGAGGUGAAUGCCAACGAGCAGGGCUCGGACACAGGCGUGGGCGCGGACACGGGCGCGGACGCGGACACACUCGCCACGACUGAGGCAGGCGACGACAACAGAGCGCGCAGCACUAACAACAACAACAACAACAACAACGUAAGCAAUAACAAGGCGAGCAGCUGCGACCGCCGCAGGAAGACGGGCAUUGUGUUCCCAAUCAAGACGGGCGUCGCUCAGCUCCCGGGCAGAGGCGGCGACCCCCCCGACCUGCUGGACGUGGCGGCGACGACGGAGGGCGAGGCCAUGCCCGUCAUCCGCAAGAAGGAGCGCGACUACAUGGGCAUGUUCGAGUACGACCGCCGCGAGGAGAUGCAGAUCAUCCGGGUCUUGAUCUACGAGCUGAAGCCGCGCGUGGCGGUGACCUUCCUGCCCGGCCUGCCCGCCUACAUCCUGUUCAUGUGCAUCCGCCACACGGACCACAUCAACGACGACGAGAAGGUGCGCUCGCUGCUCAACAACAUCGUGAACGGCGUGAAGCGCGUGAUCAAGAAGCGCCACGAGGACCUGGACUCCACCGUGCUGUGGCUGUCCAACACGCUGCGCCUGCUGCACAACCUCAAGCAGUACUCGGGCGACAAGGCGUUCCAGGCCGAGAACACCGUCAAGCAGAACGAGCAGUCGCUCAAGAACUUCGACCUGUCCGAGUACAGGCAGGUGCUCAUAAAACUGAUGGAGGAGAAGGUCCAGCCGCUGAUCGUGCCGUCAAUACUCGAGCACGAAGCCCUCGACCUGCUCUUGAAGGAGAUGACGCAGUUCUACCGCACGCUCGCCAUGUUCGGCACCGACCCCGAGCUCAUCACGCAGGUGUUCAGACAGAAGCAAAACCCAGCCCGUUCCCCCUUUGUUCCAGAUCUUCUACUUCAUCUGCGCGGGGUCCCUGAACAACCUGCUGCUGCGCAAGGACAUGUGCCACUGGUCCAAGGGCAUGCAGAUCCGCUACAACCUGAGCCACCUGGAGCAGUGGACGCGCGACAUGCGGCUGCACGAGGCGGCGUCACGGACACGCUGGCGCCCAUCAUCCAGGCGGCGCAGCUGCUGCAGGCGCGCAAGACGGACGACGACGUGAACUCCAUCUGCGACAUGUGCGACAAGCUGUCCGUCUCGCAGAUCAUCAAGAUUUUGAACCUGUACACUCCGGCGAUGAAUUUGAAGAGAGAGUCCCUAUCUCCUUCAUCCACAAGAUCC